AUGUCGUCAGAAGAGAAGGGCAACGCGGGCCUCUCCACCCCGGACAAGGAGUCGGCUCCUGCCUAUGGCAUCACCGAAGGUUCCAUUGCUGCUCGCGACCAGGAGGAUUUCUGGACGCGCAAUGGCCUCACCCUGCGCUCGUUCGAGAAACGCUCGGGGGUAGACGCCGACGCGGUCGACUCGCUCGACCGGACAAUGCGAACGCGCCAUAUGCACAUGAUUGCCAUUGGCGGUUCCAUCGGCGCCGGUUUCUUCGUCGGCUCUGGCAGGGCGCUCAACAACGGCGGGCCUGCAUCGCUGCUCAUCGACUUCAUGAUCGUCGGUAUCAUGAUGUUCAACACGGUCUACGCCCUCGGUGAACUCGCCGUCAUGUAUCCUGUCUCUGGUGGUUUCUACACGUACUCGACCCGCUUCAUUGAUCCCUCGUGGGGUUUCGCCAUGGGCUGGAACUACGUCAUGCAAUGGGCCGUCGUGCUGCCGCUAGAACUCACCGUCUGCGGUAUUACGGUGGGAUAUUGGAAUAAGGAUAUCAGCGUUGCUGUUUGGAUCACCGUCUUUUUGGCAGCCAUCAUCAUUAUCAACAUCUUCGGUGGCCUCGGUUAUGCCGAGGAAGAGUUUUGGUCAUCGGUGCUCAAGCUCGGUGCCAUCGUCGUCUUCAUGGUCAUCGCCUUGGUCCUGGUUUGUGGUGGCGGCCCGAGUGAGGGUCGCUAUAGCGAGUACUGGGGUGCACGUCUCUGGUAUGAACCGGGUGCAUUUGCCAACGGCUUCCGCGGCUUCUGCAGCGUGUUCGUCACGGCUGCCUUUUCCUUCUCUGGAACCGAGCUUGUCGGCCUUGCCGCUGCCGAGGCUCGCAACCCGGCCAAGUCGCUCCCUGGCGCUAUCAAGCAGGUCUUUUGGCGUAUCACUCUUUUCUACGUCUUGGGCCUUUUCUUCGUCGGCCUGCUUAUCGCCCACAACGACGACAACCUGCUCGGCGCUAAUCCCUACAUCAACGUUGACGCCUCGCCUUUCGUGCUGGUCGGCAAGUACGCCAAUCUCCCUGGCUAUGACUCGUUCAUGAACGUCAUCAUCCUGGUCUCGGUCUUGUCCAUUGGUGUCUCGGCCGUCUACGGCGGCUCCCGGACGCUCACUGCCCUUGCCCAGCAGGGGUACGCACCCAAGAUAUUCGCCUACAUUGAUCGCUCUGGCCGUCCAUUGUUCUCCGUCAUCUUGCUCUGCGCGUUUGGUCCCCUUGCCUACGUCAACCUUUCUGCCGACGGUCCCGUUGUUUUUGACUGGCUCCUCGCCCUGUCUGGUCUCGCCGCGCUUUUUACCUGGGGUUCCAUCUGCCUCGCCCAUAUCCGCUUCCGCAAGGCCUGGCUUCGCCAGGGCCACACGCUCGACGAGAUCCCUUUCAAAGCCAUCGGUGGCGUCUAUGGCUCCUACUGCGGCCUUUUUUUGAACAUUCUUGUGCUGAUUGCUCAGUUCUAUGUCGCCAUCUGCCCAGUUGGUGGUGGCUACAACGACGCCGAGGGCUUCUUCAAGUCUUACCUCGCCCUUCCCGUGGUCAUUCUUUUCUGGAUUGUUGGCUUCUUGUGGAAGCGCGCUGGCUGGCUGCGCACCGACCAGAUUGACGUCGACUCGGGCCGCCGCCAACACGACUGGGAUGUCAUCAACGAGUACCGAGCCAGGCUGGCCGCCAUGCCGGCAUGGAAGAGACUCAUCCACACCGUUUUUAUAUAA